UGGUGAACCGUUACAGUACCCAGCUGGCCGUGACCCAGGAGGGGGGAAGGGAUUUGACAUUUUGUAAAGCUCAGAAAAUGAAGCCCUCCGUGUUUUAAUAUGAAAUUUUUAAGGUCUGCAGGUAGAAUUUAUUGAAUGGAUAAUCAUUGUUGUCAAUUAUAGUCGAUGCAGUCUCAUCGACAUCAACAGCGCAAUUAAAAACCGAUGAUAUAUGAGAAAAAUGUUGGAGUUCACAUACAAAGGUGUGAACCUAUCAGUUCCAAGUACAGGUGGACCAGAAUGUGCCAACUAUCUACCUGUUCAAAGAAGGAUAUGGGAAACAAUUUUUGGCGUAGCAUUUGCGGGUCUGUUAAUAUGGAUCGGAUGGAAAAAUCUGUCUCCCGUUGUUAAACCAUCACCCCUACAAUGGAGAGACCGCUGGGGUCGCAAUAUCUUGCUAAUGUCGAUGUGUUUAGUGAUUGGCUGUGAAGUGGGUUUCAAAUUGCAAGCCCAAAGCACAAUAUUUCUGCUGAACCCAUGUCAUGUCACAACUGCAAUUCAGAUUUACCUAUUAGUAGGCCAGCCAAGUAAACUGUUAACAUCAGCUUUUCGGAUACAUCUAAAUUUUCUGAAUGGUCCAAUUCUAGCAACAGUGUUUCCAGAAACAUUGUCAAGACAGUUACCGUGUGAGCUAUUUGUGUACUGGGCACAACAUGGACUGAUGGUUAUUGCACCCUUCUAUAUGCUUCGCCUUGGAGGUGUUUACAAUAUGGAGCCACUUUCUGACUUAAGCUGGUGCAUCUUUUCAUAUGGAUUGCUUAUCAUGUACCACUUUGUGAUAUUGCAAGGUCUAGGCUUGCCCUCUGAAAUAAAUCUUAAUAAGAUGCUGUGCCCUGCAUCAAAAGAUCCAUUUUCUGGACCAAACUACAGAAUAUGGGGCACCCUACAUCAGAUGCUGCUCUGCCCUUUGGCGUGCAAACUGUUUAUAGUCGGUGCUAACUACUUCCUUACUCAAUGCAAUGCGACUAAAAUUAAGCAACAUUUACAUGACGAACUUCCACCUCCAGCUAGUCCUGAAAAAAAUAAGAAAGGAAGUCAUGGGGACUAAUUAUUCACCUGGUACACUCAAUUGUAACAAUUUAUGCAAAUAUUUCCUGUUUAAGUAUUGACUUUUUCACUCAUAGGUGGUUUCUUCACUUUAUUUUAGAAGCUAAUCAAUAUACUAUUAUUCGGUAUAUUUUUGUUCAUAAAUGGUUAGAAGUUUCGCAACGUCGCAAAACUCAAUAUUAUCUUGUAAACCUCAUUAAUUACCAUUUCACAAAUUUCUGCAUGGAUACAUUUCUGUUAGUGCUACGUCCUGCAGGGAGCAUGUGUUAAAAAAUUGUAAUUGUUAAAGUAGAUUUUAUAAAGCUUCCAGACUUUCUUUCUCUUUGAAGGGUAAAAUAUUGUUGUAUUCAAACAAAACUACCAAGUCCACGUUAUCAUAAAAAUCAUGGUAGCUUCCAUGAUAUGAGUCCCAUUGAAACUUUUUGUAACUUCAUACCUAGGACUUAGAAUUGUCAAAAAUUCGUUUUAGGAGCUUUUUUUGAAUAAGGUGUACUUUCAAGAAUGCUGCAGUUUUUUUCUUGACAGUUUUAUUCCAAAGAAACAUGGUGUGAAGUGACCUCACAAAUUAAAAAAUUAAGCUAAAGAAUUAAAACUUUGUUUGUGUGAACUGUUUUGUAAGGAUCUACAAGUAAACAGCAUGUCCAUCUUUAGCUGGGUCAGUGCAACCAUGUGCCUUAUUCCAUGAAGGCUGUGUUUAGUUAUAUUCUGCAAUGUGUGAUAUUUGUGAUGAACCACACUAUCUGAUGCGUGUGAUACAUUUAUUUCUCGCUAGGUCUUCUCUGUCACUGAGUGCAUAUUGCGUGUGUUUGUUGUGUGAACACCCCCUGUAGUGUGUUCUAUUGAGAGACAAAGUGUCCCAAGGGUUCUUGCGCUCUUCAUUCUGCAGCUAGCACAAAUUGAAGUCCAUUAUAGCAGACAAGAUCUAAAUAAUGAAUUUUGUGCAUUCAGGAUGGCUUAGCGGUUUGUGUGAGGUGAGACUGUUAAAAGAACUUUCCACCUUGUGAGGCUGAAAUUGAGUGACCAUUACCGUUGUCUGAAAGGACAAUAUAAGCCUCAUAGUCAAUAAUUUUUUUGCACAUUAUUUGUACACUAAUAUUCUUACCUUCUCCUUUUGAUGUGUUCUUUGGACAACUUCCCCAAACAAAGUGUCUUUUAUACAUUCAUACUUUCCUUGUUACAAAUAUAGCACAUCUAUUUUGCACUUAUUUUCAAAAAAAAAAAAAAAAGAAAGAAAAUAAAUAA